CAAGCGGGUGCAUACUCGGCCACAAGUACUCCCAUCCUUUCUAAUAUGUGGGCAGUCAUCAUCUAUGGACACGCAAAGAGCAGUACUUAAUAUUUUAACAGGCCGAUGGAUCAACCCAAACGGAAAGCUAUUCCAGAAGUUGAUUCGUGAAGGUUACAGAUAUGCUAACAGACUUUCAGAUUAUUUAGAAGAUAUUGGAACUAUGAAUAUCGGUGAAUUCGAAUUAGACCCCUUAAUUGACUUCUAUUAUCCAGCCUUAAUUCCGCCUUUAUCUGUCUUAGCAAUUAGAGCAGAUAUUCGUAAAAACUUUCCUAUUAGUGUAGAAUCUGCGGUUGUAGGAGGAAUGAGUUUAUUCACCCUUGAAAAAAAUAAACAAUCCUCGCUUCAGAAUCUAAUCCGAAUGAAUUAUUCCAAUGAUAACUUGAUCACACUAAUAGGAAUAACUUGGGAGCAAGAAGAGAUGAAAACUUGGAGGAACGAGGUGCUCAUGAAAUUCCUCCAUAAUCCGAAUUUAGUACUUUCAAGAUAUAAACCAAAUGCAUUAUAUGACGCAUUCACAAAAACAGAUAUUUUAGAGCCGGAGCAUGUAUUAGCUCUAACACGGCUACUCGGUUAAAAUGUGAACAUGAUAUAAAUUUGUAUAUAGCCACGGAACCCCCAUUCCAUGACUAUAUUUUUUUCGCUUAUCAUAUAUACUUGCAAAAUUCAAUUUUUUAUUAAUAUAUGCAAAAAUAAAUACAUAGAUCGGGUCUUAGCCCGCGAUACAACUGAUACAUGACGUCUAUGCUACAUCUAAUC